AAACAACGCUGUCACACACCGUCGAAUCUCGUUAGUUUCUGCUUGGCUUACCCACAGGGCUUCUGCUCUGCCUUGACGCAAAGAAGAGAAGCGCUGGCUAUUAACUAAUCCAUAUCAACGCCCAAGCAGCCCCAACCAGGUAGUCCAAACGGUUUCAUUCACCAGUUUCCACGGGUCCCCAAGCUGCAUUGGAUACCCCCAAAUCGAGAGGAGAGAGAACGGGAAUGGGGGAACCCUCAGUCUAUCUGUCGACUGCUCCUUGACAAAUUCUCCGCGUUGACCCGCUUGUUCUGCUUGGCCCGUGUGGUUCCAAGCUGCAAGUCCGGUUCUGGCCAUAUUUUUGUUGAGCGGGGUCUGCUGUCUAGACUCCUAUUGGCUGCUCUGCUGCAGCCGUUGAAAGAAAGGACACCUGGAAUCGCCGUGCGGAUCACAGUUGCGUAGUUUCUUGGCUAGGCCACUCCACGGACUUGCGCCCAGGAAUCAUAAGCACAACCAGCUCAACAUUCUCAUUCCUCCUCCGUCGUUUCCCAGCACCUGAGUUUUCUCUUGACGUCUUGGCCGCCUCAGCACUUUUCGCCCCUAGAAUGCAUGGGUGCUAACGAAAGAGAAUAUAGGAAAAUAUUCUGUGGAUUUGUUGGCCAAGGAGCAGCGUUCUUCGGGGGCUCAUUUAUACAGUACAUGGCUGUUCUUGGUUGGCCCUGCGCGCCUGUCCCACGACUGCUUAAUAGUGCGCUGAUCGGUGUGGCUGCUUUUUCCCCCUAAUAAUAUUGGCUGGGAGUCAUGCCUUUUGCGAUUAAGUACUCCGUAAAUAAUAUAAAAUAAUAAUUGCUACUGCCAGCUUUGCUUGAAGCUGUCUCUGACCCAUAUGCUGCCUGUCCAACCCACCAAGACCCCACGCAGGGGCGCUGUUCCGGCAAGUUGCGUUGAGGGACCCGGGCACGUUUUUUGUGCCUUGACUUCAAUCAUGGUUGGCAGUUAACAUGCAACCGAUAUCGUCCCAACUUAAACAACAGGCUGCACCAGAAGUUCCCGAACCGACGCAAACAAGCACUUUUUAUCAGUGUCCUCUGUCGAAGUCCUUUAGUAGCAUCUCAACCCACGGAUUGUUCACUUGACACAUAUCCAUAUUCAGACCGUGGGGGUCCGACACAAAAUGGUGACACGCCAAUCCUCACAUAGCAUAGGCAAAGGAGCACAUGACCCUCAUAAUGUGUUGAAGCCGGACCAGUCUUGGCCCCAGCGUGAGGAGCAGCUGUCUAAAUCGGUUGGACUGUCAAGAUCACACAGGUGUUGACCAAUGAACGCUGCGGAAGGGUGGAGCUUGGCUUGAGAAACCAAUUCGCGUGUGAAUGUAACCAACUCCAUGAGCAAGGAGAAUGAAAUUUCCUCCCGUUAACUAGACUAGAGGUGUGAUAUCGAAGAGAAUUCUGACGAGGAGCCCUGAGUUCGUCGUCGUCGUCGUCGUCAUCCUCAUCGAGGUGUCUUUGCUUCUGUAAGGCGCCGGGAUGCCAAGCACUCUUCGGAGUCCGGGUUAUCUAUCGUCCGUUGACUUGUUCCCUUCACCAUAAAACAAAAAUCGUCAAUAUCAUAAGAUUCUCCAACUGUAUUAACUUCCUCUCCGACCUCUUCGCUUGCUCCUGCACAGUUUAUAGAGCCCAAUGGCUGGCCCGAAUGCCUCUCUUACUCCGCUCCGUUUCCCUGACGGUUCGGCAUCGUACACAUCCCCCACCGGAGAUCACAUAAUUGGAUCCGUAAAUGGUCCUAUCGAACCUGCCCGUCGCGACGCCCAAAAGUCGGAGGAAGCCGCAAUAGAAGUUCUCGUUAAGCCAGGCGUUGGCGUGUCUGGUGUUGGCGAGAGAUAUGUCGAAGGCAUCCUGCGGGGUAUCCUGAGUCGGGUUAUACUACUUCGAGAAAAGUCAAUGCCUAGGAAGGCAAUUAUAAUCACUUUGGUGGUAUUGAAAAAUAAGGGAGCCGACGGGAAGGUUGCAGAACGGGGUGGAUCGUGUCUUUCUAUCUUACCUUCGCUGCUUCACACGGCUCUUCUAGCAUUGCUGUCUGCCGCAAUCCCGCUCUCUAUGGUAUACACGUCCGCCUUCAUCGCAGCAUCCCCGACCGGCGAUCUAAUUGAGCAUCCCUCAAAUUCCCAAGUCAAAGCUGCGAAGUCAUUACACGUCCUAGCGUUUUCGUCCAAGGGGCAUCUACUGCUUAACGAAAGUGAGGGUGAAUUUGAUCUCGAUACCUGGGACAAAGUUUAUGAACUCGCCCAAUCUACCUGUACGGGAAGUCCAGGGGUAAGAAAAGGAGACGGCGACGUUGAUAUGGAUGGUGUGAAAGCGGGCCAAACUCUCGAACAGCUCUUGAGAGAUACGGUGGAAGAUAAGGUCAGGGAAAACCUGGCGUGGAAGAUUGCAACGACCUGAAGGCCUCAUCCUACAUAUUUCCUUGCUGCACUGAAGACGACAAUGUACGAUAUACCGUACAAUUCAGGCACCGGGUAAUUGCAUGAUACCGUGCAUGUGAGCGGCCAUGUGCUAAAUCAUGCUACGCCCGGUGUAUUACAUACAUACACUAAUCGUCACACGCAGGUAGAUGCCCUCCACCAUGCUUGGAAUCUCCACCCCUUCAAGCUGUGGCACAUGCUUCUGACGUGUUUGGGUGAUUGGAAGAACAACCUUGGAAGUAUUUGUGACAUUCCAGGCUCUGGGAUUCUAGCCAAUGAAUGGCAAAUUUUGUCGACUCUGACACAACCUGCAUGCUCUAGGUGCUGUAUGGCUGCAAAGGGAAUUUUCGUUUGCUCUUUGUCUGAGAACAGGGGGUAAAUGGGAAUGGUGGUGAACUCAUGAGGCGGGCUUAUAUUGAAUUGUUUUGAUACCCAGUUUGCUCUUCCAGACAUUGGCAUCAAUUGAAUGACUCUCUAUGUCCACUGAAUGCAGAAAACCCCCUAAGGCCACUUGAUCGUACCUCUCUAUAUCGCAGACCAUCUUUAUCUACAUAUAUAGCCGUGACAUUUUCCGUCUCAUUACCACUCAAACCCUAGCAAGUUGAAAUUAUCGCGCAUGAUGAACUCCACAGCGACCCUUGAGCCCAAACACAUACCGACCCGCGGUCCUCUUCAAGCAAAUCCACACUCACAAAUUGUUCAAUAAUUGCUUCAGUCCGAUGUAUAUUACAGACUCUUAGGUUCACCAUACCGAAAUAUAGAAAAUGAGCCAGCGGCUUGCAACCCAGGAGCAAAAUGCUUAGAAUUAUUGGGAAGAAAAUCGAGACUUUGUCCUUCAAUUGCCUACUUUACCUAGGUACAUCUGAUAUUACCAUGUUUACACCCAUCGAGCCAAUCAAAAUCCCGCGGGCCUUGUGCACAUAAUAUCUGAUACACUGCACCGCCAAAGUGAAUUGCAAGAAGAGUUUCAAACUUGUUGCAAGGUGCUGUAGCAUAUUCCCUCGUUGUUACGCCAUGGUCAUUGUUGGGUUCGCUUUCGUGGCUAUCAGUAUUGGAACGAAACAUUAACCCCCGCGAUUUGCGCAGACCGGAGGAUGGGAAGGAACAUUUCAAGAAUAACAUACCAAAAUCAUCUACAAAAAUCUUACGAGAAAUGUAUGACUCCCUCCUGUCCAUUCCAUUCAGUAGGUAUGCAUAUAUAUAAACAGUUGACUAGCAAAACAUAAGUGAUGACGUGUUUAUACCAGAUUCGGGAAUCUACAGUGCAAACCAUAAACCAAUGCAAAGGGCUACAUCCGGAAACACACCCUUUUCCUUCAGAAGGCUCCAUAACUUUUGGAAAUUCGUCGCCGUCUCGUCUGAUUUAAAAUCGGCAAUGUCUUGUCGCUUUCUGUAUUUCAGAUACAAUUCCAAGUCAAAAAUUGUGACUUCGACAAAGGUCCCGGGGUAACUGCCAAAAUAGACUGCAAUAAUGCACCGACCAGAUUUUGAAUUCAAGCCCAAAAGGAGCGAUAAUCAGUCCACCUCACGACAAGGUAUAGCACAAAGCCAAACAAGACUAACAGAAUGCUCAGGGAGAUGGCCAGCAAGCUGUUGUUGGCCAAAUAUGUUUCGGGGGCAGCGGUGGUGAGGGAGAAUCCAGAGCCGGAAGCGGAGGGAGAACUAGACAUCAUGUCAGAUACCCUACUCUCUUCAUCGGUGAAGCUCCCACCUGCGCUAGGAAAGUCGGAAAGGAGGAGGGGAGUUUCCUCGUCGUGCGCAGUUUGCUGGGAUCGAGGUGAAGCAUUGGAUGUGUCUGGAGAAAUGUCGCUCCUCGCCAUGUUGCUUGUAGAGGAGAACAAAAAGUGAACAAGACCCUUCGAUUUUAUGUCCUCCUUGUUGAUAGCAUAACAGAUAUGGAGUAAUAGGAGGCCUGAAUAAGAGUGGAAAGGGUGCUGUUCAUCUGAGUGUUGAUGGGUACAACUCUGGGGAUGGAUAUGAAGGAAUGAGCUGGGGGGGGAUAGCAAUGCCCUGCCAACAUAAUAUUGUGUAGUUGUUAUGGCAAUUGAUGAUAUAUCAUCAUGAGCUCUAAGAAGAUCAUGAGAACACCAUGCGGCAUGAAGAGAAUAUUGUCUCCCAUGAAAGAAAUCAAUGCCAAUGUUUGCAGUUCUCCCUGCGUAUGUGCUCGUUCUCUAGAUCCAUAUCUCACUGCAAAAAAGAUGACAACCGAGAUGAAUGAGAAAGAGUAUAUAUAAUAUCUCAUUACAAUCAAAUCGAUCUUUCAAGAAAUAUUUAACCGG